AUGGAUACCUCGUCUGUUCUGGACUACAGCCUGCAAUACCAGUGGUGUUCUGACUCGGAUAUGUCUAGCCUUUCUUCUCCAUCUCUCUCCCCUGUGUCAUCUAUGGACUCCAGCCUAUCGCCCUCUUACCGGCAGCUACCACAGCCAUCCACCAAAGCCUCUGACACGGGAUACUCUCAGAAAUCUAAAAGCGUAAGCAAAGUGGGCCGAGCCAGGACAACCAGGAUCCGUUCCAAGCAAAGGGAGAGCGCCAGUGAGAAGGAGAAGUUGAGAAUGAGAGACUUGACUAAGGCGCUUCAUCACCUCCGGUCAUUCUUGCCACCUUCAGUAGCCCCUGCUGGGCAGACUCUGACCAAGAUCGAGACCCUCCGCCUCACAAUUCGCUACAUCUCCUACCUGUCCGCUCAAUUGGGCCUGAGCGAAGAGGUGCUGUUCCAGAGAAGGGAGCAAGGAGACAUGACCGCCCACGACACAACCUCACCGGAUCUCCUCAGCUACUUCCAACCUAGACCUAUGAGAACACAGGACAGUCAGAGUCUUAACCUGAAUCAAAACUUAAGCCAGAACUUCUACUUACCACAACCUGCAAUGGUGCAUUCUGGGAGUUGUAGUUUUGGGAUGGAUCAGUACAGCAGAGGGUACAGUGAAGUUCCACAGAGGGAAGUCAGAAUGGACAGUGUUCUUCAGUCAACUCCAGCAGCACAGUCAUCCUAUCAGAUGUAUGACAGUGGAUUCCACCUCCCUUUGGUUCCCGGAGAUUACUACGCCUGA